UUGACCAUUUAUAUCGACGACAGUUUAUUGUGAAUACUUAACAAGUGAUGACAGUCGUUUUUCCGCCUAAUAAAUAAAAAUAAUUUCAAUAAAUUUGCAUGUAAAACUUUCCUACAAAAUUGAAAAAACCGACCAAAUAUUAUUAUAAUACGUAAAUUUAUCCAAUUACCUUGGCCUUUACUUGCCUGCAUUCAAAUUGAGUAAAAAAACAGAGAAAAUUUAUUUCUCAGAGAGCAAUUUAUUUAUUUGUUUAUUUUGGAAAUAAAUAUACACACACGCAAAUAAACCCCUUUAUUGCAGUAGUACAUCAAAAGUGUAUACCUAAAAAAAACUCCUUUUUUAUUGCAAAAAAAAACUUUUAAUGAGUUUGUGUUUGUGUUUAAAGACGGUACUAACACAGAGCAAAGCACGCCGCUCGCUACUGUAGACGCGUUUGGCGGCCCAUGACCGUAUGUUAUGUAGGAAAUGUCUAUGAAAUGAAUGACAAAGACGAGUUGUACCCAAAGAAUUCCAAGAAAUAGAUCAACUGUUGGCGUUAUUCGUACAAAUUCAUAUGAACGAUAUUUUAUAAGACAUCAAACGAUGCUGAAAUCCUUACUCCUAUUCCUAGUUUCCCUAAGUUUAGUCAGUCAAAUCUGCGGAUUUGGAUAUGUUGUGCCAGAAGUAAUUUAUGCCUUUGAAAAUGAAGUGGACCACUCGAUCGAGUGCACCUUUGAUCUCAAACAAGGUGACGGCCUUACAAGCAAACAUUUGCUCUUUAACGAGACCUGUGAUAGACUCAGCUGGAAAACGUACGACACGACACACAAAAGCGUCGAAAUCCUAUCAAAAAACAAAAUCCGGCUAAAACUUCCAAAUCUCCCGUAUUCCCGAUGCGAAUAUACGUGCCAGCUGGGAAAGUCACGAGUGGCAUUUACGUCAGUGAUUGUCGGUAAACGUUUGGGCAACGUGAAAGAUUUCAGCUGUCGCAGCAAAGAUUGGCUGAACAUGACGUGCGCUUUCAAGGAGAUGGACAACUACAUCCCGUUGUCAUAUCGACUGACAUACAAGCUGGAUCGGCAUCGUGCCGGCAAUUAUUACAACUGUCCGUUGCACAACGACUCGAAACGCGGUCAAUAUUGCGACUUGUACUACAAGGGCGAAACCACGUCCGGUAAUGUUGAGAAAUUCAAGGCUGACGAUUAUUUUUAUUUCACCCUGGAGUCACGAUAUGCCGAGAAAACGGGACUUGUGGGAACAAAUACGGAAAAUUUCGAAAUUGAUCACUUGGCGAAUGUUGUUCCUGCUGCCCCGACGGACCUUUUGGUGACCAAUACAACCACCGAUGAAGCAACUUUGACGUUUAAAGUCCCAUCGCAUUACAAAAAUACCAGAAUUUCGUUCGAUUACGAAGUUCAAACGAAAUGUCAGUUCGACGAAAGCUGGCAAUCGACGAAUUUCACGAAUAUUCAUCCAACGACGAGCGAAUUGCGUGUCCCGCUGAGGUAUCCUUUCACGGAAUAUGACCUUCGACUAAGGGUAAAGUCCCAUACCGCUCAAAAUACGGAAGAAAUGUGGUCCCCUUUUGUAACUGAAAAAGUUAAAACCUUAAGUCGCGUGCCGGAUCGUCCCCCAGAAUCCACUUUCGGUGCCUUUUACAUCCAUGACGACGAUAAUUUGACGAUUUACUGGCGGCAUCUCGAGAAAUACGAAGAAAAUGGACCAGAUUUCCGGUAUGACAUCCGAGGACCAAAAACUAAGGAAAUUACAAGCAUUUCCGCUCAAUUCCCGCAUCUUCAUCUCUCAUCCCAGGAACAUUAUUUUGAAAUUUUUAGCUCUAAUAUCAAUGGAACGUCGCUAAAACCCCUGAAAAGUCACGUACCAGUCAAAUCCGAACUACUUGACGUCCAAAUAUCGCUCGUGCAGAUAUUCCAGAGAGAUGAGGCGAACAAACAUAAUUUGACGUGGACCGUUAAGGGCACGGAAGAACACUUAAUCGAUAAAUUUGUCAUGUUCUCGUGCAUUUCCAUAUCGGGAAACCCCAACACCUGCGACGGACAGUUCAGUUACGUGACAGUUUCGAAGGAAAAACGGUGGAUUAUGUUCGAUGCCGAUCCAACUUUGCUCUAUGCCAUUGCGGCAUAUGCUGGCGAACGCACUACUGGCAUGAAAUGGAGUGAAUGUCGUUCAAAUCCGCCCAAUUAUAUCGGGAAAUUAUUACAUGCAGCAAUUGAUCGAAUCGACCCAUACUCACUCAGUAUCAACUGGAAAGUCGAUUGUCCCGACAAAAUGGUCAUCCAAAAAUUUAAUAUCACAAUUUGUGAGGAACCUUCCAGCGUGAAAUGUCAUUCUUUGUACCCAGAAAAGCACGUAAGAAGUCAAUUUGUUCAAGAUUUGAAGCCGUACACGGUUUAUCGGGUCUUGGUGAGCAUGAUUUCAACUUCCGGCAAGAAUGGCGCGCCUUUUGAGGUGCUGGAAAAGACUGCAGAAACUGCUCCGAGUGCUCCAAGAGAUUUAAAAUACUCAAAUCUCACCGCUAAUUCCGUAAAAUUGAGUUGGACGAAGCCGGAAACGAUAAACGGGCUCAUCCGUCAUCACAGAAUUGAGUUUUUCAGCUACGAAAAAGAUACGGAGACAAAUGAGACGCGAUUUAUUGCUCAUAAACACGAGAAAAAUAUGGAAGUUAAUUCGACUUCGUAUAUUUUGGAUGGACUUCGAAGCUUUACCAAGUACGAUGUGUAUCUUUUUGCAUGUACGGUCGAGUGUUCCAACAAGUCUUCGAAUAUUAUCAAGUUUCAGACGGAAAUUGGGGCUCCGGAGAUGCCUUUGUCGUUAACGGUGAAUGACCAAAUGAUUUCCUGGACCGAACCAAACCAUUUUGGAGGAAAUUUGUCAUUUUAUGAAGUCAAAAUUGAGUCUCAUAGUGCCUCGGAAGAAGCUUCCGUGGUCUACAGAGUAAAAUCCACCAGUUGUCGCAUCCAUAGUUUGUGUCAGAAGAAGAAAAAUGAAUAUAAAAUAUUUGUUAGAGCUGUUAAUGUCAUCGAUCCUGACGUUUAUUGGGAGUCUCCUGACCCAGAUGAGCUCAGAUUUUGCAGCGAAGAGGAUCAAGACCUUUCAAACCUCUCAGAUUAUCAAAUAAUUUACGGAGAAUGGAGUUCCUCGCCUUAUAACUGUUGGAAUUUGGCGGCAUUUAAUCUUUCCUACAUCCUCGGAAUGCUAUUUUUCUUGAGCAUUUUCCUCGUUGGAGCGUUUUUAAUCUACCGAAGACUCAAUGAAUGCAUGAAUAUCGAAAUUGACUUGCCACCGGGCGUCAAAGAUAUCAACGACGUGCACAUCAGAUCAAAAACCAACCUUUUCAUCUUUCAAAAAUUAUUUUCUCGCGAUCCUAUGUCCGCUGCACAGCAAGAUAUUGUUUUGGUAUAUGGUGCUCAAAGUCCCGAAGAAGUCACCAGCAACGAACAAAAUGAGCCUCUUUUACCGCCACUCGAGGAUUUCCGUAAAAAAUUGCCUCCGAUCCGCGAAAUGCCGGAACGAGACAUGGAAAAAACUCAAAAUAAGACAAAAAUCGCGGAAAAUUUGACGCCUUAUGUGGAAAUGAAACCCACAAAAGCUCCGGAAUCCUUUGAACUGAUGUCACCUGAAACGCCAUAUUUGCAAAUGAGGCCAUCUCCCACUUCAAUCCCGGCGAAUCUUCCACCGAAUAACAAUUACGUGCAAAUCUCAAAGGGAAUCACGCCAACAAAUUACGUAAAAAAUGUCGUUCAACCGAAUGUGCGGACGUCGUUGAAGGAUGAAAUGCUGAAAAUUAGUCAAGAGCAGCAGAAACCAGUAAUGUCGGGUUACGUUCAACCAGGAUUCACUGGACGAUGAUUUUUGCCUUCUUAAAAAUUUGUGAAACCAAAAAAAGUGCCAUUAUAGCUUUAAUUAGCAUUUAAAAUACUAAAAAAAAUACGUUUAAUUGAACAGAAUCAGUAUUUUUCUUAUAUCAAAGUUUUGAUGGAAGAAAUAACCAAAAAAUAUUAAAAUAAAAUUAUGUUAAGUUUUAAAUUAAAAAAAAAACAAAAUUGAAAAAAUAUCUUCCUAUUUUAAGAAUUAAUAAGAUUUUAUUUUUAAAUUAAAUGAAGCGAGAAUGACUGUUAAAUUGUUGCCUUU